UGGCAAUGAACUUCCAUCUGAGAACAAUAGUGAAGACAAGACCGAGACUCAUUCGGAAAUGGAACUGAAACGCUGUUUGUUGGAAUGUAUUCCAUUUGCAGCAAUGGUGAUCGUAGAGAUUCUUGACGUUGGGUUGACCACAUUGAGUAAAGCAGCUAUGUCCACUAGAGGAAUGAAUCACUUUGUCUUUGUUCUUUACUCCAAUGCUCUUGCCACUUCCAUUCUGCUCCCUUCCUCUUUCCUCAUCAACAGGACAACAAGACCACCACUGUCUUUCUCACUUCUUGUCAAAUUCUUCCUCCUCGGCCUUGUCGGCAUAACUAUAAUGCAGAACUGUGUGUUCACUGGCAUAAGCUAUAGCUCUCCCACUCUUGGAUCUGCUAUGAGCAACUUGACUCCAGCAAUGACUUUUGUCCUAGCAGUCAUCUUCAGGAUGGAGAAGUUGAAUGUUGGAAGCUCAAUAAGCCAGAUCAAAAUGGUGGGGACAGUACUGUCUAUCUCAGGAGCAUUGCUAGUGACCCUUUACAAAGGUGCUCCCAUUCGCAGCUUUCGAACUCAACCCUCGACACCGCAACAGUUCCCGACUCUUUUUGAAGAAACCAGUAACUGGGUCAUUGGAGGUCUCUUUCUAUUCACUGCCUCUUUAUCUCUUUCCAUAUGGAAUAUUGCUCAGGCAGCAAUUCUUAGAGGAUAUCCAUCUCAACUGACCAUAGUAGCAUUCUAUUGCCUGUUUGGAACAAUCCAAUGUGCAGUACUUUCUCUAAUUGUAGUCAAAGAUCGAAAUGCUUGGAAUCUCAGUGCUGGCAUUGAGCUUAUCUCUAUAAUAUAUUCAGCUGUUUUUGGAAGUGUGGUGACAUUUUCUGUGAUGACUUGGUGCAUAGAGAGGAAAGGACCUGUAUUUGUUUCCAUGUUUAAACCUGUUGGAAUUGCCAUUGCUGCCUUUAUGAGUGCUGCCUUCCUUGGUGAAACACUUCACGUUGGCAGUGUCAUUGGAGCAGUGGUAAUCGCCAUUGGAUUUUACACAGUUAUGUGGGCACAAUCAAAAGAGGGAAAUGUGAAUGGCCCAGAAGUUAAUGGAUCAUUAUCAUCCUCAUCUGCCGAAGAAAGUCCUCUACUAGAGUCUCGGUGAAAGCAAGCACACAACCAAUGACUACACAGUCUAUUAAGUGUGUUUGGUAAAAUAUAAAAUCAGUUAGGAAACCAGUGGGACAAAAGUUAUAACUUGUAGAAUUCAAUAACAGUGCAUUCACCUCCACACCUUGGAAACAAACAUGCUACUAUUCAUUUUUGUCAAUGUGUGGAAACAGACAUGCUGUAGUUCAUUUUUGUCAAUUUGUAUGGAAACAUGCAUGCUAAAAUUCAUUUUUGUCAAUUUAUUUGAAACAACAUGCAUUGGCAAUGAAAGCAUUUCAAUUUUCAAGAGUAUAGCUUGUUUUUGCAACUCAUAUGUGAGUAAU